AUGCCUUCGACGCUGGAGGGCCAAAUCACCAUGGAGAAAACGCCAAGCUACUUUGUGACGAGCCAUGCCCCUAAGCGCAUUCACACCAUGGCACGGGACAUCAAGCUCAUUAUAGUGGUGCGUAAUCCUGUAACAAGAGCCAUUUCGGACUACACACAAACUUUGUCCAAGAAGCCAGAGAUUCCCACUUUUGAGGUUCUAGCUUUCAAGAACCGGACGCUCGGACUAAUUGACGCCUCAUGGAGUGCUCUGCGUAUAGGGAUUUACGCCUUGCAUUUAGAGACGUGGAUGCAGUAUUUCCCUCUGUCACAGAUGCACUUUGUGAGCGGGGAGCGUCUGAUCGUGGACCCGGCGGGAGAGAUGGCCAAAGUGCAGGACUUUUUAGGACUCAAGCGAAUCGUUACAGACAAACACUUUUACUUCAAUAAAACGAAAGGAUUCCCCUGUCUGAAGAAACCGGAGGACAGCAGCAUGCCUCGGUGCCUGGGCAAAUCCAAAGGCAGAACUCAUCCCAAAAUCGACCCAGACGUGAUUCGGCGGCUGCACAAGUUCUAUAAGCCCUUUAAUAUGAUGUUCUACCAAAUGACUGGACAGAACUUUGAAUGGGAGCUAGAGGCCGAACAUGAACACAAAAGUGCUCAGGACUGA